UGAUGUGAUGAAAAAUGUUGUUUUUCUUUGACGUCGCUAUGCAAACUUGUUGGUUGGAAACAAUAAAAAUUAUAGCGUAACGAAUUUUGCAAUGGCCAAGUUUGUUGUUGCAGGCAAAUCCAAUUGUCCGUUUUAUGCCCGAGCAGAACAUAUUGGUGACACUUUAAUGUUACGAUUGCCAGAUUUCUCAAUUCAUAAAAUUGUUUUAAAUCCUGAGGACUGGGACACGUGGGUAGAAAAAAAGUGUAUUGAAAGUGGAUGGGAACUAAAUGCAAAAGUAUAUAGUUCUCCAAUAAUAUGGAGAGAAUUAGUUAACAGGGGUGGAAAAGCAGUUUUUAUUGGAGGUUGCGAUGAAUUUUUAGAAAUAAGCAAAAUAUACUAUGGUGUUGAAUGCACGAAACUUACAAAUGAGCUAAUAAGUAUUUCAGAUGAAAAUGCAGAGACACAGAUAUCUUCAAAGAAAGUACUCCAAGAAGAAAACAAAAAUUUGUCAGAUAUAAUCUUAUUUAAAUUAGUUAUUGUAUUUAGCAGCUCUAUGAAAGAUUUUAUUUGUAGCUUGAUAUCAAAAUUACUUUCUUCUCCAUUUGAUACUCACAAAAAAAUGGAUUUAGUAAUUUGUUCAGGGGAUGUAGAAUUAAAUGAUACUUUAUUAAUGGAAUUGCAAGAUUGUGUGUUUCCUUCACUGCAUUGUGCCAAAACUGAAGUUGAUCUGCAAACUGCAAUUAUAAAUUCAGAUUACAUUAUUAUAUUUUCACCUGACAAACUGGAAAAGCUUGAACUGAAUAUUUUAAAAAGUUAUGCCAUUGCAUUAAACUUUUCUGCUAAAAAUACAACUAAAAUACUUAUUGCAGGAACUAGUGCAAUGCAAUCAUGUUUUGUUGUUUCACAUUUUGCUGAUAAAGUUUCAAAAAAAAAUUUUUAUGCGUUAUCUCGUUAUGAAGAGAAUAAAAUAAAAUCUGCUGUAGCAAAACAAAUUGGUGUUAACUCAUCAAAUGUAAAUGAAAUUUUUAUUUGGGGAUAUGAACAUCAAUUUGUUAUUGACUUGACAAAAGCUAAAGUAAAUGGGUAUGAUGGUGCAAUAUGGGCACCACAUUUGGCAGACUUUACUUAUUCUGUUGAAAAAAUAAUUUAUGAUAAAAACUGGUGUGAAGAGGCUGCAUCAAUUUAUGUAAAUUCUGCAUCACAAAAAGUAGGAGUUCUUUCCUUUUCUGCAGCUUUAGCAACACAAAUCAAAGAUAUAGUUAAUCCAAUGUGUAAAAAAAUGUUUUCUUUGGGAAUUGUAUCACAGGGAUUCUAUGGAAUUCCAGAAAAUCUUGUUUUUUCUGUUCCAGUAUUAAAUAAUGAUGGCUGUAUAACCGUGAUCGAAAAUUUUGAAUGCAACAAGAGUAUAGAGAGCAAAAUUCAAUCAUCAGCUAUGAUUUUUAAAAACCACUGUGAUAGUCUUAUUAGUAUUGCUAACACAUAAUAGUAUAUAUUUAAGUUUUAAGCUAUAAUUAUGUAUUUACAAUCUAAUAAAAGUCCAAGUCUAUAAAAGUUUUAAAAAUAACUCUAUAUUUAGGUUCAAAUAAAAGUUUAAAUCUAUAAAAGUUUUAAAAAGAACAUUGACAAUAUAGACAAUAUAAAAAACCCUUUGGUUGUUAAUUUAAUGCGUUGUUUAGAGUUAUUAUGCGUUGUUUAAAGUUAUUAUAAAAAUGUUAAUUUUUUUAAGUUAUUAAAAGAAAUCAUGUAACGUCAGUGAAGCAAUUAUAGACAAUUAUAUUUUGUAAUGAAACCCUGAUCCAAACUUUCCAUAAUAUAGAUUUCAGUUAGCUAUUUAUAUUUUUAUACUUAGUUUUGCUAUUUACUAUUUUUAAAGUGAAAUUUUUUGUUUACUUUGCAGGUUUUUCUGGGUGUUUUUUUCCAAAAUUAAUCUUUUUUUUUUUUUUUUUGUUAACUUGACUAUUAAUAAAUUUAUUUUAAAAAUUAGAAACUAUCUGUUAUUUAAAUUCUCAAAGAUAAAUGAAUAUUUUAUAUGAAAAAAGUUUUCAAAAAAUCUUUCAAUAUAAUUUUCUAAUUUGUGAGUAUACUCAAAUUGGUCUUUGCAGUAAAUACAAAUUUUUAAUUUGAAAUAGACAACUAAUAAAUAAUAUACAAUCUUAUAUUAUUGUUAAAGAAAAAAUAGAUAUUUAAGUUUUUAAUUUCAUGAGGUUUAUUGCAAGGAAAUAAGGAUAUAACUAUUUAUACAUACCAUUUUUAUUUUUAUUUUUGGUCAUUAUUGACUUAAAUAUAGGGAACAUGCAGGGAGUUUACAUACAUUGGUGAGAAAAGGUUAGGGUUGCUAUUAAGAUUGCCUGCCCUAAAUCAAACCCUGAGUCAAUCUAUGUACACUUUUUGCAUGGUCUCCCUAUUUAAGCUAGCCAAAGUGUUUUAAAAUA